AUGGCCCCUGGGGCGCGCGCACAAGCGCCCGAUUUUGGCCAAGCGAUCCUGCCUGUUGGCACACUGCCAAUCGAUGGGAUUCCCAAGGACGGUGAAGAAUACCUCGCCAUGGUGCGGCAUGAAGCGAGUUUGCAUCCGCCUAUCCUGGCGCAGGCGAGUUGGGCCUACGAAUCGCCUGACGUGGCACAGGACACCGAGACCAAAGAGGCAGACACAAAGACAUGGAUGCCUACUAGUGCCUGGAGAUCUGUGUUUGUAAAACGAUUUCAGCGAUUGCGCCUGUGCAUGGCCACCCUUCGCCCCAGCUCUACAGCGCGUGUCCGCCUGCCGUCUGUGGAUGAUGAGACAGGGUGGUACCGCUUUGUACAUGGCCGCCUACCACCUUCUGAGAAAGAUCGCAACGAUAUGGUGGCGCAAUGCCGCGCAGCUUCACAUAUACCCCCGUCGAUCGAUGAUAGCGGUAGCAUUGAUAUGGAUACCACAGUGUCAACCUCUGACUCCGAAGACGAGGUGGAUGGACUGCUUCCCUCGUACAAAGGCCCAGAAGAUCUCUUUGCGAGCUGGGAUUACGUGUUCUCUACGCCGACUAUGGCCAUGCUAGGCACAUUGGACAGUACCGAGGCGUUGACACUCACCAAAUACUUCCGCAAGUGGAUUCAGCACCCGCACUUCACUGAGUAUCGUAUGCAAGUUCAUUCCAUGCAUGAAGUGCAUGCCCAAUGGCUUUUUGCCCUUCUGGCGCGCAUCGAUCAGCACCUCAUCAGCGACGACAUUGCGACACUGCGCGUGCUCGCACGGGCCUGCAUGAAAAACAUUGUGCGUACACGGACGGCGUCGCACAUGCAUGUUCCAGCGAGUGAUGGUGCUCUCUCCGCUGAAUCUGGCGCCUGGAUGAUUCUAGUCCUUCUCGCAGGCGUGUGGGGCCAGUGGGAUCUCUGGGACGAAACGCAGGCGCGUCUUCAGUGUGUGGAGGAGCGCAAGUAA